AGUUUCCAUUACAUUUAGGAGUAGGUAAUUAAUAAACCACAUAAUCACGUCUAACCUUCAUUUAUUCAUAAAUGAGUGAAUUGAGCACAUAGCAGCCACCUUCAUUGUAAGUCAUUGAUUUAUAUUAUAUAUUUUUCGUUAGGACAAAGGAUUGCUCUUGUGUCUACUUAGCCAUUAUGUCUUAAUCAUGCAAAGAACAUCAGAUGCUAAAAUCAUGAUGCUAUACUUUAAGAGUUUCUGUCCUCAAGAGACAUUUAACCACUUCAAAAACUAAUUAAAUUUCUCAUGAAAACCAUUUGUAAACAAUUUCUGCAAAAAGUUUGAUAGACCUUGAUUUAUUUCAGCUUUAAUUGUACCCAGUGCAAGAAAUGUUGCACUGUCUCAACAUAUAACCCUAGUUCAGUAUCUCAGCAUACUUUAGAUCUAAGCAAACAACUGGUCACAACUAAGCUCAUUGUCAUUUACCAGCAUCAACCUGAUAAUUAUUUUUAGAUAAAAAAAUACCGUGGUCCUCUUAGAUGUUACAUUUUCAUCACCAAUCUAUAACCGAACUUAAGUGUUUGUCUAACUUCGGAUAAGGCCUAUAAAACAUUUCUUUUUCCUUCAGAAACAAAUAGCUCCGGACAAUGGAUUCCACUGUUAAAUAAAACUGUUUCUUCCCUUGAAUGAUCAGCCCAUCUUUGGGAAAAAAAAAAUACAUUGGUACCUUGGCUCUCGAACUGCUGUGUGCUCAAACAUUUCAGUCCUCAACUAAUAUUUUUAAAUUCUGUUUUGGUGCUUUACCAUUUGCUCAGCACUCAACCAUUAUGCCAGAACCUGUACAAGAUGUCAUGCUUACCUGUAGCACAAAGAGGAAAGUGUCACUUUGUGCAUCGAUUUCAAGCAGUAAAGGCCUUCCUGAUCUAGUGUUAUUAAUAGUGAUGAUAAUAAGUUAAUUUAUCUAGCACUUUAUUCCACCAUCAAAGGCUAGCUCAAAGCACUUACAACAUAACAUGCAAACAUUAUGUCUAAUGAAUGCCAUGUGGGAUGAUGAAAGAUACGUAGCCCAUAAUUGCUCCCAGCUUCCACAAUCCAGUUGAAAAAAUUAAGCGAAACUGCAAAUGCUCCAUUUCACACCACAGUUCCAGUAAGGUAACAAAAUUUGGCUUAAGUAGCGCCCUAUCCAUACCCAUCAGGCAAGCUCAAGGUGCUUUAUACUAGGAGGUGUGAAGUCAAAAGAAACUGAUGACAAGAAAAUAAUGUAGGUUUUAGCAGACUGUGUACUCUAUGCCAAAGAUUAGUGUUCAUGAUCUCAUUUUUUUUCUAAAAGUGGUAAGAAAGCAAAGAUCUCAUAAUGACAUAAUUAUUGGUGAGGAUAAAUAAAAGACAGCUGGAAAUAAACCCAUUUUUUUAAAUAUGCAGUACUAAUUUCCUAUGGGGUAAGGGUAGGAACUUGGAACUUGGAAAACAUUGUAGAAUGGAUUGUGGUCGAGUGCUGAGGUACCAAGGUACCCCUGUAAAUCUAAAUUUCUUACCAGAACAAUAGUAUGAGUUUAAACUUUCUGGAAAAUCAUUUCAUAAUGUUUGUGUUAGCAUGCUGGACCUUGUUACUGAAAGUGACCAAAGGUUGCAUGACUAGUGUCUCCCAGGGUGAUAAAAUACUGAUCUAACAUAAAAUGUUUUAUUGGGUUGAUAAAUCAUGCAAGUUUAAAAGCUCUCUCUCUCUCUCACCUAUCUGUAGUGAAAAUUUCAUUCAUCUCUUGACUAAUACUAGUUGUACUGACUCACUGACAUUCUGGGUGAAGAAGGUGAAACAGAAUUUAUUUCACUAUUACAUGCUUAAAAAAAAAGUAUGCACAACAAAGAAAUACAAAUAUUCAUCUCCUUGGUGUUAACACAGCUAAUCGAGCUUGGGAUUUUAGGCUCGGCAUAAAAGCAUCAAACACAGCCAUAUCAUCAAGGUAACUACGAGGCACAAUCUGCAAAGUCCUUCAUAGCUUCCAAACCUGAUUUACAUAUAUGAAAUAUAGACUAUGCUUGCUGAUACGGAGAGAAUCCAGGCAUUCAAGAAAAAGCACCUGAGGAAGCUUCUCCAGAUCUCAUAUCUCAAACAAAAUCUUUUUAUGUAGCAUUGUUGCCACACUCAAAGGAGGCCAGGAACCUCUACUUUCAACAAUCAAGUGGCAUAGACUGUGAAGGUUUGGCUAUGUUACCUGGCUGAAGACCAGGGCCGCCGAGAGCCAGCCCGGGCCCCGGGACAGACGACCUCUCCGGGCCCCUUGUACUUUGUUAUCGUAAAUUAUUUGUUCUGUCCUUAGACCUUUCUUUAAAAGAAAAAGAAAAAAAAAUCCACUGACCAAGGCCGGGCCCCCUUGACAGCCGCGGGCCCGGGUACACCAGACCCCCCUGUCCCCCCCUCUCGUCAGGCCUGCUGAAGACUGUCCUCUAAUGUACAUUUAGAGGGAGGUCAACCCCACAGUUGCCAGAUGAAGAACUGGCUUAUUAACGUGAUGGGGUGGAUUAGUCAUCCCCUACAGGACAACUCACCAUGCUUUCUCAGCUGCCGGGGCUAUCCACGUGCCUGCCCCACCCCCUCUCUACUAAUGAUUGGUAACAUUCAACAAAGGAAUGAAUCUCAAGUCGAUCACAAUAGUGUAAGUAAACAAAUGCUUAUUGCUGAAGGGAAAAGAUAAAAGUCGUCUUCUAACUAGCUCUGUUCGGUCUUUUGGGGUGAAGUGUUAGAUUUUUCUACGGGCCAGCUUUUUUGUGAGUGCCGAGCCUAUCAAUCUCUCUCUCUCUGUGUUUUACCUUUCUCCAACCCUCUGUGAAGUCGGGGAUUUAUUUCCGACAGGUGAGUCGACUGGAUGAGGCUCACUGGGCCACACGGGUAUCGAACCGGAUGCCAAUCUUUCGGCUUCCCCUGUUUCUUACUAUUUACACUGAAAUCAUGGGAUGAUACCUGAACAGAGUUACGCUUGACAAUACUUGUGGCCUUCGAGCAUAUUUUACGGUAGCUUCAAUUUUAAAAUAACGCUCUUCUAGACAAAUUUUUAAAAAAUGAUUAAUUUUAUUUCAAGCUAUCGAGAAUGCGAGACCUUUGCGAUCAACAUCACGAAAUGAGUGUAAACAUUCUCACAAGGACACCUAGCUGACAAUGUCAUGGUCGCUUAUUCUUGGCCAACGACACGGUAAGCGGGCCAUGUAACGUUGAUUUUACCCAUGUUUUGUAUCCCUACCUAUUGUCAUUGUGAUAUUGUUUAGAAGUCCUUUAGAAAGCAAUUCCAUUUUUCCUCCAAGGCACAACUGUGUAAGUCUCGGAUCACGCGAGAGCGUCCAUGCGCCUGCCUUGCCUGGCGACCGUAUGUGCAUUCAAGAUGGCUGGUUAGCAAAAUGGAUUUACCGGAGGAAAAUGUUGCAGAUACCGACAAAUAUGCAUUUCUUUUAGGCUCAGCGUUAAAAAACGAAGAUCUUGACCAAUUUUUUUGUGUUUAUGAUUCUAUUUUGCCAUCAGAUAUUUCUGCUACCCAGCUUAAUAAGAUCAAGGAAGGGGCACGGCAUAUUGCAGAAUUACCAGAGGGCGCUUUCAAUGAUCUUGUGGUAAACGCUCGUGACUUCAGUCUGGCCGCAGGCCGUCCUGUUUUCUGCAACUCUGCAAUGAGCUCUGGUGGCAGACACAGUACACUUGUGGCAUCAGAUGACCACAGUGAUGAAGACGAGGACAGUUGUAAUAGGUUGGGCAGACUUGUUGGGCCGGCUGCUCUUCCUCACCAGAUUGCCUCCAACAAUGACCCUGGUUUGCCAUCAUCAACAAAACUUUGUCGCAAGACCAGCGUGUCGUCAGACAGUUGUGGCAGCGAUAUGGAAAGAGAAGGGGCAUUUGACUACUACCCUCCCCCAUUGUCCACCUCAAAGCUGCACCAGUCAUCCAGAAUCCAAGAAUCAGUCAAAAUCACUCAUAGUUACAAUCCCUACUAUGAUGCAGAAAUUAAUGUUGAAUCAGAUAAGAGUUCUGUGGAGUCACCAAGAAGUGAUGGCUCAAGCGCUCGGGAGUAUGAUGUCACUCAGCUUGAUUUGGAAGACUUGCCUAGUGGUAGUGCUUCCACAGAGAUGACUACUUUUAGCCAUGAAACUUGUGAUUACAAAGAGGAGGAGGAUAGUGAUGAAAACCCUGACCAUAACAUCCGUAUUUAUCGUCCUAUGGUUUGUGAAAGAUGGGAUAACACUGAUCGUUCUACAAGAUCCUCUGGCUCCUCUGUCCAAAUUUCAGCCUCAUCUUUUCCCUCUCAAGGACAGAGUAGCAUGAGUUCACACUGUGGUGGUAAAAUGAGCUUGGGUGGAGCUUGCCGAAGAGUAGAUGAUGGAGUGCAUUUUCCUUCCUUGGCUUCCAGAUGCUCUGGAGAUAGCACCAACUUGUAUUCUGGACUAUGCUGCUCGCCUCCCUUUGGUGCUAAUACAGACUUGCUUGCCAAUGUUGGAAAGUCAGUAGAUAUUCUACUGACGUCCUCAGGGGCAUUGCCAGCUACAUCUGGUGAUAGUUUAUCCACUGAUGGAAAAAAGAAGAAAAAGAAGAAGAAAGAUGGCAAAGAUGAUACAGUUCGAGACGGUACUGGUCGUGGCAUCAAGCCUUCGAUGAAUGUAGAUGUGAAUGGCAACCCCCUUGACACUAAGCAUAACACUCAGAUGAGAGAAAAGCAACAAAGCAAUGAAGUCAUCUCAGGAGCUCGUGGGCCCCGCCAGUUUUACAGUAUUCCCAAUCAGCAUGACCUUUGCAGUAGUGGGGGGGGCUCCAGUCAUACUGACACUCCGGGAAAGGCCAAAUCUGAAGACGGCACUUGCUCUGCCGGCAGCAACAGCAUUUCAUCUGAACGGACAGGCCGCAAGGGCCACAAAAAGGCUCGCAAGACAGAGGUGACUGUUGUCCCAGAGAACUAUCCAGGUUACGUGGGUGACAAAUUAGGCUUGGACAGCCUUGUCAAGUAUAUUACCAAAAGUAUCAGCCCCAAGGAACUGAAGAAACUGAGCCAAGGUGACAGUGGUGCAGUAGGUAUUGCAAACAUUUCGUCUUCUUCCUCUGCCAGCACCAUAGCCUUCAAUUCAGGAAAAGGUCCAAAAAACAAGAAAGAUCGCAGUAAGACAAAACAAUCAGUGACAUCCAGGUCAAGUGAGAACCAAGACACCAGUGUUAAUUUUUCAGAAAGUAAGAAUGGCUUGAGCUCAUCUGGAAAGUCAUCUGAACCAUGUGCCUCGGAUGCAAGCAUUCUUACUGUAUCGAUUGACAGCCAUUGUGGUGAGUCUGAAUCGAUAAGAGAAGUUAGCUCAGAUGUUGAAGAGGUAGCUGGAGAGAUGGGCAAUUCUUCCACAUCAGAAAAACCUAGGGACCAAGAUGGAUUCAUUUCACAAGACGGUAACGAUGCUGAAACUGUGGAGUCAGCUGUGGUUGCCAUAAAAAACAACCAUUUAUCAAAGAAACAAGUCGGUACUACAGCUCCCCUGAUUCCUAAAACAGCCAUCGAGGAUGCCAAAGUAGAUGACAUUAAGAACCAUAAGAAUCAUGCACUGAAUAAUUCCAUCAAGAGCUGUCCAGUUACUAAACAGGAACUUAUUUCUAUAUCAAAAGACUCUAAAGACAGAACAAAACUCAAAUCUGUACCUAAAGACAGUAUCCGAAGUGAUGGCUUAAGUGUUCAUUCAACAGACAACUCAAACAAGAAGGCAAAGACAAAAGUGUUGAACAAGAGUGAAAGCAAGUCUGAGAUUGUAUCAGAGUCUAUGAUUAGUAAGCUUGCCACUUCGGAAGGCAAAGACAUCAAGGAAGACAAAGAGGCUUGCAAGGCAAAAACUGCUCAGAAUGCACUCCCUGUUGUAGCUGUUGCACUUAAGCACGAUGCUGAUUCUCUGGAUAUGGAUGGAGAGUCCUUCAUUUUUACUGAUGUUGAUCUGCCUCACAAAGAACAAGAAUUUACUGUGGUAAGUGGCAAGAAAAAGAAACGUUCACCUUUUCAAGGUCAGGGACAGAUCAGCAUGUACCAGUCACGAGAGAGUCAGCAAACACCUUAUUUUGUGGCCAUUACUCCUAACACAAGAAGUGGGUCACGAGAAAUUCAUAAUCGGCCACAGUUUCCCAAAGCAAGGUCCUGCACCCCUCCUCCAUAUCCGUAUCCAACCAUAGCAGUAAGAGAAUCUUCAGAACCAUCUUGUGACCUCAGCCCUUCUGCAUUUCCAGUGCUGCGUAAGAGUGCAAAAACCGGACCUAAAGUGGGUUUGCAUAUCAAGGAGCAUAGGCGGCGUUCUCUGGAGGACCUGUCCUUGGACACUGGUCAACUUCUUGGUUAUGAGAGUGACCGAGAAUCUGUGAAAUCCUUACCAGCUUCUAAGGGGAGUGCCUGUGGCCGCAUUCUUGCAUACCCUGUGUCAUACGCUUCAAAGGCUGCCACUCCUCGGCCUAGUGUAGAUUCCUCUAAAGCUGAGAGUGUUUCUUCUAGUACUGAAGGUGGAGGAAGCAGUGAGUGGCAUAGCCCUGUAGUGUGGAAGGGUAACUUGCAAGAACGACGACAUUCUAUAGGCUCAUCCCCUGAAGACUGUUCAAAAGUGGCUGCAGGUAGUGAUUUACAAAGCUCACGGCCCAAGAGUGGAAGUCAGGAACUUUUACCUCGUGACUCAGGAAAUUCACCAGAUAGAAAUGCAAGAAUAUGCCUGCUUCCAGGUAGCAAGAGUGGUGUCCAUGAGAGUGCCUCAUCUAGCAGUUUCAUGGAUGCAGCUAGUGCUUUGUCAGAUGUGGACUCGGCACAGGGUGGGAGCGAAGUUGGCUCCGAUCCAGCUGGUGACGUGUUUGUACCUCCAACCACCCUGGCUUCCCACACAGUAGGACUGAUGGCCGAGGACAAGGUGAGAGCAAGCUCCUUGGUCAGUAGGAUGAGCACCAUUCCAGUGGGGGAUGUAGCACAGCAGACUGCUGUAAUCACUGCUAGUCGGGCCAUCACCCCACAGUCUAACUCCGUUACCACCUCCACCACCAGCGGUGCUGCCAACACCACUGUUGUUACGACUGGGCCAUCCACUGCUCAAACCAAGUGUCAGCAGCAGGUUCCUGGCCCUCGAUCUCAAGUUUCAUCAUCUGUUCCUUCACUGCAGUGUGAUGUGCCAGUUAAAGCUGCAGUGCCUAUGGGCAAGGGUGUGAACAAUGGGCGGAAAAGCAAGAAUUCCGUAGUUUUUCUUGACAAGAGGUUUCUCAAGCCAACUAAUUUAGGUAUUUCAUUUGGAUUUGACAUCAAUUUAGUUACAUCCAACAUUAUCCAGCAGUCCAUGCCAGAUUCUUCAAGUAGCUCAGCAUCUGGUGCAUCAUUAAGCAGUAGUUCAUCCCUGUUGGUAGGAGAUGUGUCACCUGCUUUUGAUAACUCAUUUGUGGUGAGUGCAUCUGAUGCCAAAGACAAAGUGCCAAGUGCCAGUGAGGAAUGUCUCCCAACCUCCCUGAGCCCUACUUCCACUGCAGGAACAGCAUCUUCUGCAGAUGACAUUAAUAGGUCUUCAACAAAGCCAGCAAAGGGUCCACACAUACCGGGGCUUAAUGGCUUAGUGGUUCGGCAGUGUACGGAGGCCAUUGCACCAGCAGAGCAUUCGUCUCCAGCUGCAUCGUCCUUUCAGACCUCAUUUGUUACAGGUGAUGAUAACACAUCGAGAGUGAGGAGUACUUUAUCACAGUCUGGGGAAUCGGAAGUUACAGUGUCAAUGACCCCUGAAGUUGGUAACAGCCCAGUACCUCCAGAAAUGCCAGUGUUGAAUGAAUCAGUGCUAGCCAAGCCUAGAACUGCUCCACCUGAAGGUUGUGUGACUUUUCGCUAUGGGGAGGGUCUCAAGGAAGUCUCACAAGUGCAUUUCCCAGGAAAAGUGCGAGAAAGCUCUUUCUUCAUGUGCAAAGCUCAAGAGCCUAGUAGUUCCUUCAACUUUGUUGAUGCUGCAAGUUAUUUUCAGAAAGAAUGGGAGAAAAUAUUGAAACUUAAAGAGAAAGAUCCCAAGGCUGUGCUGGUCUACUGCAGUGAAUAGUUUGUGCCAAGUUAUCAAGCACCAAGCUUCUAUACCUACUGUGGUUUCUAAUGUGACAGCAGAAGGACACUAGAGAAGGAACCACAGUUUUUGAAUACUGGUCAUUACUGUUUGGGUGUUAACCCAGUAUCAGGUGUUUUUCCUGUUACCAGAAACAAAAAAUAAUCCUUCAGAAGCCAGGUCAGGGCUAACUAGUAUGUGAGAGUGUGUGUGAGAGAGAACGAGCAAUAUCAGUUUGUUUUGCCUAUAAUUUUCUUGAGAAAACUGCAUUGAGCUGGCCUGUACGUGUGUGAGUUGAGUGGCUACACACUCAUGUUUAGCGUCUCUGCUGCUUCAGACUUUGCAUUUGUAGAGUGAAAAGCAUGGUUAUAGCUGGUGAACUUGCAUCCAAGCUAAUGCUGCAGAAAGUCUUCGGAAUGAAUAGUUCCAGAUGUUAGGAUUAAAUGUGCAUUUCCAUGGAUCACUAACAUAAUGCCAAGAGAGCUUGCAUCUUAUCUCUCGCUCUGCAGCUAGAGUAGAACUGUUCCAACUUUUAGAUAUAAUAAAAUUAAAACUGGAAAAAAGCAACUGACCCCAAAUUCCAUGAAAGCCUUUGCAUGGCACUUUUUUUUUUUUUAAUGGGAAGGGGAUACAGUGGCUAGUAUAAUGACCUAUAAGCUCUUUUGACCACGGCAUUGGUGAAAUGCAUUAAAAAAAAAUUAGCUAAAAUACUUAAAAAAAACAUAUACCUCUGCACUUUAUUUUUCUUUUGUUUUCAACGGCUGCAUAAAGAGAGAAAAAUUGCCAUUGGCAGCAGAAAGUGAGGGUGCAGUUCAGUUGUGGAAGAUUGUGCCUACAGAAGCAGGUGUUUCUUGUGAUUCUCCAAACCAUUGACAUCAGCAACACACUGAUUUCUAUCAGUGUGUCAAGUGUGAUAUUUCAUUUAACUUGAAAAUCCCAUUCUUUGAUUAGUGUUGGCUGCAAUGUGUUGGAUGUGUUGAUUUAUGUAUUUGCUCUUCCAGGGAGGUAGGGAAAUCUGAAGUUUCCAACAGAAGGAAGAACUUACAAAUUUAUGCUGACACUAUGGUCUGCAUUGUAUAAAUGUAUUUCUUUAUUUCAUGUAUCUUUGUGGGAAAAAAGGGGGACAACAAGCAGUGGCAUAAAGUUGUUGAGAUGUGGUCAGACUUGAGUCUUUCCUGCAUUUUAUUAUUCUGUUUACUUUAAUAAGUGGUGCCUUUUGCAUUUAGGUAGUCUCUUUCUUUUCUCAUAAUGCAUGCCUGCUGUUGUGGAAUGCUAAUUUUAGUGGCUAUGACAAAUUAAGAAUCUGUGAUAACCAUCACAGCUGGUAGCCAUGUACAGUAAUGAAGAAAGGCCAAUGUGCGCAGUGUAGGUUUUGCAGCUUUAACUUUGCUAUGGGACCUCUUCACUCAUGUCCUUUCCCUUGCCAACGUGUUAUCAAGAAGCUAUCCAGGUAGAAUUUCAGUCUGUUGUAUGCUGUUUUCUUUGAUGUGCAUACUGUUUAAAAAGGUUGAAUGAAUGGAGGGGUAGGGUUCAUAAAAAGUUGAUUGACAGCAUUAAAUAAAAAAUAACCCAAGUGGGUUACAACCAAAAAUUGAAAUAUGGUUUUGACUAUCCUUAAUGCUUAAAAAUUGGAUACCGGACUACUCGGAAACCACUGGCUGUGCUGGUAGUAAUAUCAGUAAGGAGUAUUGUUUCCCUAUGUAAGGCAAGAAAGUGAUUUUUAGUGAAGAUUUUUUUUCUUGUAAUGAAAACAAGGAAACAGGUUUGUCUGUGCUUGGAAGUUCAUUCUGUGUUGUUAUUUGUGUAUUUAUUUCUUGCUGUGUAAAGUUGGUUACCUUUCCAACCCACUUUUGUGUUGUACUCCCUCUAGCCCCUUCUUUUUUAAAAAAAAAACUAACCUCCUCCAGUAUUCACUUCUUUUGUGUUGAAUGAUAUCAAUGGCUUCUCUGUUUCUUUCUGCAGCAUAUAUCUUUUGUUAGCAGCAGAGUAUAGGCUGGUGGCUAAGCACACAGUUGUGGCCUUCAGUGGAAAACUUUGUCCAUCCUUGUUGACUUGGGUUGAGAGGAUGAGAAAAUCCAAGUUCAGUCUGUUAGAUCAUGGUCAUGGCAUUCAGCUUGUCCUGUAGACAGGAGGCAGUGGUAGUCCUAGGAGCUGAGUGUCUUCAUCUUGUCUUGGUGCUGUCUACAACCUGGUGGUGCUAUCAAACAUUUACUUUCAGCCGUCCUCUGUGCUGUAGCAUCGCAUCCUUUGCCCGAAACUGUAGAGUUGGUCAUUUCAUAGAACUUUCUCUUAACCCUGAUCGAUUUUGAAAUUGGGAAGGCAAACAUAAUGCACGUCAUCUCAUGCUGGUGUAAUUAUGCUAGUCUACUCCACCAGAAGUGAAAGCAGCAUCAUUCUAUAGCUUUUCUUGCUGCUGCUUUUGGCCCUUUCGGGUAAUACCAUGAUAUAGCCUUAGCUGCUGGUAUGGUGUAAAACAACCAAUAUAAUGAUGCAUUACUGUCAGUAUGCACAACAAAUAGUUGUCAAACAACCCUUUUUAUAUUUUUAGAACAACCUUUUUGUUUUUUUGUUCUCCCCAUCUCCAAGAGAAAUCUGUACUAAAGGCAAGUUUAUUAUUUACUCCCCUGCCCCACAAGUUUACCAUGAAUUAUAAAGAAUAAGGAAAAUAAUAUUGCAUAGUUGAUCACUCAGAUGAUUUGAUAUAACAUAGGAUUUAGAGGGGUGGUGGAAUGCUAAUUUGUAAGCAAAUCUGUGGCAGACUUUCUUGUACUCCAGAGCUAGGUAUUGCUAAUUUAACACUCAAAAUCUGUUUACAAACCUGUACAUGAAAAAGUAAAGAUCAGACUAUCACAAUUGCUAACCGUAUAACAAUUUUUUUAUAUGUUGCUGGUGCCUCAUUCCAGGAACUUUUUUAAAGACUAGUUGUGCAGUGAGAACUUGAGAAAGGGUUAGAAAAAAAAAUUCAUAACUAACAUUGGCAUUUGUGGCAUUCCCUCCAUGUCAUUCUUAAUUUACAUUAACUUGAUGAUGCACCAUGUUUACAUGUUUUUGAGUUUUUCUGUAGAUGUCUGAUUUUGGUUAUAAGCUUGUGUACAUACACAUUUAUGGGUAGCAUUCUCUCUUUAUUGGAUGAAAGGUGAAGAAAUGGAAUUUUCAUUUGCUGGUUUCUGCUCCCAGACUGACUGUGUUGGGUGGGGGCAAUCAUGCAUGCACAUUGGCACUCAUAUUUUUGCAUUCAUGUUUGUCCUGAAUUGCUCAUUUGCUUGCUUCAGUAAUUUGUGUACAUAAAGUGAAAAACGUCAAAUUUUUAAAGCUUGCCCAAAUUUACAGUUAAGCUGAAAAGAUCAUUCAAGAUUUUGUUUUCUCUCAUUUACUUGUUUAGUGAAGGAAGGCACUAACAGUAAGUGCUUUCAGGUGUGUGGGCUUUGCUUUAAGUGUUUACAUUCCUUCCCUUAUUCCCCCUCCCCCUGCCCUCUCUUACUGGCUGUACAUUCUGUUAAUUCUCCACUAGAAAAUUCAUAAUAGCUUAGUCAACUAAAAAGUCAACAGGAUUCAUUGAUAUGUAAAUUUAAAAAAAUGUACGUACGUAUUAUUUUAAGGUUUUUGAAAGAAAAUGCAGUCAUUACCACCACCACCACCACCCCAAAAAAAAGUACUGUUACAGUAUGAUUACAUGGUUGUCAGAUUGCCAUUUCUUUAAAGGCUAAGUGAUCUGAACAUUCACGCCAAUUUAAUCUUUAGUGUGUGAAAUUUGAUUUUUUUUUUUUUUUUGUUUUGUUUUUUUUUGUUGGGGUUUUUUCCGUUGUUUUUUUUUAUAAGCUUAGAUUGGGUAUAUUUUUCUGUUUUUGUCUCGUGUAUGCUGUUGUUUGCAGUUACCAGCAUAUAUUGGUCUUUAUGAAAUAGAUUAUGGGAUAGAGUGCAGCAUAAGCAGAUUCAGUCUCAAAGCAUCUGAACUUCAAAUACAUUCAAUUUCAUGCUUUAGUGCUUUGAAAGUGCUGCUGAAGUGAGCCUUUAUGAGGUAAUUCUUUGACUACCAACCCUUACCACUCUCCAUUAGCUAAUGUAACUUGCCUUGCUUUAGCACAUCAUCAGUUGAAUGAAGUCUUCUCGUCAACACGAGGAUAGAAGAGUUGAUGAUAAAAUUUCUUUGUAUAGAGUAGGAUGAAGUCCAGUGUUUGAAUGAAAGAACAUUUUUAUCAUUUUGCAUCUAUGAUACUCUAGUUUAGAAAGAAGGCACAUCAUGUAUUGCCAUCAUAAAACGCAGGGUUAAACUGGGAGGCGUUCAGUGCCAUUUCUUUAGUGCCCUGCAGCAACUGCAAAGACAUUUCCAAUUUCUCCCCAUCACAAUAUAAUUCUAAAUAUUAAAUUAUUAAUAUUCUGUGUUUCAUGAUACUUUUGUUUGGCAUAAGCAAUAGAAAUUUUGGCCUAAGAUGCACGAAAAAGUUAAGCGUCCAGUUGGGUGAGUGAAAGGGAGUCAUUGGCAACCAGAGACAACCUUGAGUAACUAGCAUAUGAUAUGAUGAGCAUAGCUUAUGUAGCAUACAUAAACAUAGUGUGAAUUAGGUGGGGAAAGAAGUGCUGAGUAAGGAAAGGCUAGUUCAUCUCCUGUGGCGAUUUCUUGAUGUGACAGCUUGUGGUAAUAAUUUUAUCAAAUGCAUCGCUGUUACUGGUCAGAGAUUUGAUAAUGGGAGUUAAGAAUUGAAUUGUUACAGACUUGAAAGUAGGUAAACCAGGUUACAUUUCACAUUCAUGCAAAUUUGUGUUUAGGAAGUCCUGUUUGUCCUUAGCAAUUCUAGAACAUGUAUCUAAUGAUUUAUUGUUACAGUUGUUUGUAUUGGUGAAGGUGUACUCACUUGUUUCAUAAUUUCAUCUUGAAGUAUGCUCCCCCCAACCCAUUGGUUUUUGUUUUUCACCUCAAAGAGCGUUAGGGGGACUAGAAAUGUUUUAGGUUGGUGCAUCAGGUCAGAAUAUGUACAUCUGUAAAAACUUAAUCUUUGGCCUGUUUAUACAAUUGUUUAUACAUGUAUGAUUUUUUUUAAAAAAAACUUUCCUAUUGAAAAAUUGUAUUUACCCAUGCAUGUAAAAAAAAUUGCUGGUGUGUUUAUCUAAACUUUUGAUACGAUGAUUCAUUGCAAAUUCAUUGAAUCUUUCAGUUGCUUGUGCCUGAAGUAAUGACAAUGAGAUUCAUUUCCUGCUUAAAACAUUUUUGUACUAUUUUCAGCAGUAGAGAUGGUAAAAAUCAGUAGCUGGUUGGUAAGAGGGUGGUGAUGUUUAUCAGCAUGAGGACAAUUUUUCUCUGGAUACAUUUGCACUGUCUCACAUAUUUCUUGAGAACUACUGAGUUAUGUUUCUUAUUCUAUCCAUCACAGUCAAAAAGAUCUUUUUUUUUUAAUAGUACAAAAUACCCUGAAAAUGUCUAGUGUACUUUUGAGAGAGAGAUGUUGUUGGAAGGGACAAAAUUGCUGUACAGUUCCAUUACAUGAUUUUUCUUUUGUCCCAUCGAUGGCAUUUUAGAUUACUGGGGAGCAACAGUAAGGAUCUCUUGCUCUAGCAACUAAAAUUCACCUUUUAAAGUUUCUAUCCAUUAUCUGGUUUCCAUUCCAAUAUCUCUUACAUUUUUCACAUAGGGCAUUGCUUUUCUGUAAACAGUUUGCAGAAUCUUUGAAAACUAAUUUUCAAAUUAGUCUGUAAGAUCUGUUUUCUCAUAAUGCAGACAAUCUGUUUUAUUAUACAUACCACUAAGCACAGUUGUUUUCUUCAUCCUCAACUUCAUAACAAAGUAAAUAUCUUUGAGAGAGUUUUUUUCAGAGUAUGAGCAGAAUGUCAGGUGCCUCUCAGGUUCACUGCCACUGAAACUAUUGUUGUAUCAUCUUGAACAAGCAAGGUCCCCAUGUCACCACCCCUAAAAGGAAACUUUUAGCUUUUUUUAUGAUGUUGGAUAUUGGGAUGAUCAAUUUGCUAAAAUGGAGGGCAAGCCCUGGGGGUAGGUGUACUGUUGAGCAACCCUACCCUCUCUCUGCCUGCCUGUUACUGAGGCCUGCACAUGUUCACACGUACAUUGCACACAGACUUUCUCAUUUUGUGUGGUGGUUGACAAGGGGGCAGUAAGAUUUUAGCAUGUACACUUAAAUGUUUAUUCAGAAUUAUAUAACAGAAACCUGUGUUCAAGAUCAAAUCUACAGGCUAUCAAACGUUCACCAUGCAUACGAAAUGGAUCUGUGCCAGAGAGAAUUUUGUUCCCAUGUUGAAAACUGCCCAAGCAAAAGUGUUUGGCCAAGGCUUUCAUCAUCUUUUAUAUCAAAUUGUUGCAGUUAACAUUUUUGCCUCAUGUUUUCAUGUUCCAGCUGCUUUGUGCAACUCUUUGACUGUGAUAAGUGUCCUAUAUUUUUGUUUCCACGUUUACUGCUGUUGUUUGUGCAGCAAAUGUCUGAUGGCACAGUGUGAUCACCAGCAAGCACACUGCUGUGCAAAUUUGUGGUUCUGUGUUUCUAAUGUCACUGUUCACAACAAACAUCUGAAGGACACCUUUAAAAAUAUCAUUUCAUUUCAGCAGUGUGGUAGAGGGGAAACUGUGCCAGAGUGAAUGACCUUAACUCCAUCACAAAAGACAGAAUCUGUUUGUAUUGGAAACUAAUUAUUACACAUCAGAAAGUGUCAAACAUUUUAAAUACCUGUACAUUCUUAUUUUCGUGACAUUCGUCACACAGUUGUUUGAGUGUAACCUACAGAGAUGUCAACUGCCAAAAAGGUAUUCUUGUACUGUCACUUUGUUCAUGACAUGUUCUAGUCAGCAAUGUUUUUGUUUUACAGAAUUUCAUACUUGUGAAGACAUUAGGGGGUUUUGUUUGCCAUCAUUUUAUUAUUAUUUUUUAUAUAGUACUUGGCAUUAUUUCUGUGUAGACAAACCGCUUUUUAAUCUCCGCAAAAGAAAACCUGAAAAAGUUGCCUGCAUGUGGAACAACUGUUAUUUCUACAUUGCACACAGAACUGUAAAAACAAAGAACUAGCAUAUUGAUCUUAAGCUAAUAAACUUUAGAGUAACAAAGAUCUGUGAUUUUAGCACUGAAGCCCACAACAGAGCUCAGUUGGUCAAAGAAUGUAGAUGGCUCAUCUCUCAUCAACCAGUUUAAACAAACAGAUGGAUGCAAUGACAACUAAAGAUGGUGGAAAUAGGAUGUGCUGCUCCAUCUGGAUUGUCACGUUGGAUCAUCCACAUGCUCAACCAGCAAUGUUGGCAAAAAACUGGACCACUGCAUGGAGCAACUGGAUGCCCUCUGCCCACCAUCUUCUGUAAGUGUACAAGAGAACCCAGCAAGCUAACAGCAUGGACAGUUUGUACGGAUGUGGUGGUUCUUCAGAAUAUGGUCAGAAAUGUAAUGGGUUCUCAGUCUUCGUUUCAAACAGCAGCAGUAGACUGCCAAAGUCUAGUGCCAUAGCAGAAUCAAGCCUCCCCCACCUUUUUUUUUUUUUUUUUCGCAUUUGGCUGUUGUUGGCACUGUACAGUUUUUGUGUGGGCCCUGCUGUAGCUGAUGUGUACAUUCAAGCAGGCUUUCUUAUGUAUGUUUCAAAAAGUGGAACCUUGACAUAUAUCCAGAAAGUGUUUGUUCAAGUAUUGUGAAAUCUGAGCUCAAAAUUUGGCUGUACUCGGUUUUUAAUAACGCUCUGUCAAAGUUAUUCUUGGAAUAGAAACUGAAUAGUUAAGCAGAAUACGUUUGUGCAUAAGAUUAUUUUGCUGAUUGUUCUCCCAAGAUUAAUGGUAUAAGAUGGAAAACUUAAGGCAUGGGCUUGUUACAUUAAAAAACAAAAAAUACACGUACAGCUAACUCAGAAGUACAAAAUGGCAUUCACUGCACUGAAGUGCUUUAUGCAAAUUGCUAAUCUGUAUCUUUAAAAGAAAAAAAAAUACUAUAAACAUCAAAUGGCUUUGAAGAAAAUCCACCAGGAUCAAAAUAUCUGCCAGUGUUAGAAAAUUGCCACACUCUGCAGGCAUUGGUUUUUGGUUUUUUGUUGAUUUUGUUGGGGGGAGGGAGGCUUGCAUGAACGUCACAUGCUCGGAGACAAAAAUUUGUGCCAACAUUAGGUGAUACAGCAUAGAAAUUCUGGUAGCACAUUUGAUAAAAUGGAAUAAAGAUUCCAAGAAGAAAAUGAAAUACCCUCUUUCUCCUGCCAUUUAAACCAAAAGGAAACUGCAAGUCUCCUACCUCAGUAUAGUAUAAUGCUUUAAGUGUUUUUGAUUUUUGUUUUUUUUAAUUUGUUCUUUAAUUGAAGGCUGAAUACCUUGAAACAUCCCAGUCAAUAAGUGGCAUGGUAUAAAAGCUUCAGGGAAAAAAAAAAUUAGGAGACUUAUCACAUUGAUCCCAUGUAGCUGUUACAAGUGCUGGAGAGUGUUCAGAAGUUAAUAGUGGUGAGAUAAGCUGCUCUUGAAAGCAAGCUUAAAGAAGCAGCCUUGCAACGUGGCAAGGAGAGAAACUGGCAUAGGCAAAGGCUUACUGGCCUGUUGAACAUGGUAUGAUGCAGGAAUUGUGAAGUUAAUAGCAGCUGCUGAAUGAAAUGUGCAGGAUGCAGUCUAGAUGGUGAGGUAGCAGGAGAGGUAAGCAAGCAACUUGUAGACCCAAGAUUUCUUAAUGUUUGCAUCUGGGAAAGCUAUAUUUCUGAAUUUUGACUUUUUUCACUUUAAAGUCUCGAUACUAAGCCAUGAUGUCAAGUUGCAAAAUGCCUCUAUUCCAAGUAUAUGUCAAACUGCAGUGACCGUUCAGCAUUUUUGUUUUAAAAAUGAAGCAACAACUCUGAAGAUAGCACAGGUAAUCUGCUGCAGUCACUCAAACAUGCAGAAAGAGCACUGAAUCAAUAGUCUGUGGAAUUCAUGUAACACACAUGUUGCUUGUAUUCUUCCGAAUGACUGGCAGGAGGGGGAUGGGGAAGAAUCGUAAGAGAUAUAAUUUCAGAUGGGAAGUUGGGACUUGCAUGGAACUGUCACUUUGGUUUCUUUACAGUCGAUAGCUUUAUUUUCAAUGCAGGUAUGCCUCUAUGUAUAUUUUUGUCACUUGCACAUUUUAUGCUGUAUGCACAUCAGUUGCAUUUUGCACAGUUAAUCAUUACCAAUUCUGCAAGCUUCCCUCUUAUUGUGGUCAUCUUGUUUUCAUUUCAUUGUUUAAAGAGAGAGGGUUGAAUUUGUUUCAUUUUGGCUGCAGACAUGGCUUCUAUUAGAAGGGAACAUGAAAGACGUAACAGUCGCUUCUUUCUUUGCAUUUCUGGGUUUUGUUUUCGUUUUUUUUGGUGUGUCAUAAUAACUUGAACACAAAAUUUGGGAGUUUUGAGGGGGUGACAUUACGCUGUGUCUGUUGUUUAGUAUGACACCAUUGUAAGAGUAUAUGACAUAUACCAGAGAAGUAAAACAGCAGUUUCAGUUAACCAGUUAUUAGUGCUGCAAAAUCUAGAUGUUUGUCACGGUACAUGACUUAAACUUCUGAACCAUACAGUUUAGUAUUUGGGCAUAGAAGAGGCCAUAGCCAAGUUCCAUCAUUUAUUGAAACAUGUUUUUCCCCCUUUUUCAUUAACAUGGUCAAUAUCUUACACUUUUAAAGCAUUUACAUGCAAAUCCAGAAUGCUUUUGUAUUUAUUCACAUUCCUGAAGUUUAUAAAUUGUCAUUUUUUUUCCCCCAUGUUGCUCUUCACUUUUUCUGCCACUGGGACUUUUUUCCCCACUCCACCUAUUUUUAAAUUCAUCACUCAUUUAGAUGAUAGUGAAUUUGAUAAGGAAGGGGAAAAAACUAGCAAACUCAGUUGUGGCAACUUAGUGAUAAUGCCAUACUACAUGUGCAUGUUAUUUUUUCCCAGUCCAUGUAAAAGGUAACACUUUGUUUCUGAAAUACAGGAUGUAUUGUUAAUCAUAAAUCUUUUUUUUUUUUUUUUUUUUUGUGCAAGGUGACCCAGAACUGGCUGGUGGCAUUAGCAUGUGCAAAACUGGUUUUACUUUUGUAAUUGCUGGCUUGCUUGAACUUAAAAAAAAUUGUAAAGCUUAUAUUUUGUUCUGUCCAGUCACCAUGGGCAGAUGUACAUCCCAGUCUACUUGUUGCCAGGCAGUGGUGAUCUUUAUGAACGAUUGUAUGUUUACAAAUUGCCCUUUAAAACAUAAGGUGUAACUGGGAUAUAUAUAUUGUCAUAUUUAUGAUGAACUAUGAAGUGCUAUUGAUUUUUGUAUUUUGGUAAAUGGUAUUUUGUACUGUUUGAUCUAGAAUGGAAACCCUGUGUGUAUGGGUGUAUGUAUGCAGAAUCUAAUACUUAAACGUGCACAGAUAACUACACAUCAGAACAAUAGCUUAAAUUUAUUCAGAGCGAACAUCUUAUCCUGUGGUACCUAGCAAAAAUUCUUGCAUUGCUAAAGAGACAUGUUAUCUUGCCACCACAAGAAGAGAUUUUAUACUUCCAAAAUUUUCAUUGAAGAUAGGGAUACAAUGUACCUCGAUGUUGCUGCAACAUUAUAAGGGAGUUGAAAAUGCAGCAAGGACAUAAUAAUUUUGUAUUUUCUCUGUUAGUGCCGUGUGUGGCAUUACAUUAGUCUUAAAAUAUGGCAGAUAUACCUGCAGUUCUUUUAAUGGGUUUACCUGUGUAGGUAGUUCACAGGAGUGUGGCAUCAUACGUGAGAAUUGUCCCUACCCUGUUCCAAACAUCAGAUUGGCAUUGUUGCUGGUCACCUUGGACAUUGCAAGUUUUGUGCACGUGGGUUAUAUAUACAUAAAAAAAAAAAAAAGAAAAACAAUCUGUCUCCCUUCUCACCUUUCUUUUCUUUUUUUUUUUUUUGCCUUCAAUGUAUUGUUUGUCAUCAUGAAACAAGUGGAAAGCAAAACAGCUUUCCAAACACAUUGUGUUAAUUAAUAUGCUAAAAUAUUAAUCAUCCGCCCGCCCCCCCACCCACCCACCCUUUCCGAAUCUGCGGCCUACCAUGUGAUUCAUGUUUGUUUUGUUUUUGUUUUUUUUUUAUACAAAUGCUUCCCUUCCCCAGUUACCUUCCUUUUGGGGUUUGGAGUUGUUCUGCUGGGGCAGUUCAACAAGUGUGUGUGUGAAUGAUGCACAUUUCCAUCACGUUAUGAGCUGCUGUGCUGUUUGUUGGCUGUCGUUUUCAGCGUGAAAAUAAAGAUUUUAGUUGACA